AUGGAAGCCGCUAUCUGUCAGCUGUUGUUUAGACUUGCGUUUUCCACGACUCUCCUCUUUGCAACAGUUUUCAGUGAAUCUUCCGUCCACAGUAACCAGAUCGACACUACUAAAUAUCAUCAUUAUGAUGAUCUUGUGGCCUUGUUUAGGGACCUCAACGCCAUAUAUCCUUCUCUAACGAGACUUCACAACAUUGGGAUUAGCGUAGAAAACAGAACUUUGUGGGCGAUACAGAUCACAGAUAAUGUUGAUAUUGUCGAACCAGGAGAACCCAUGUUUAAAUAUGUUGGGAAUAUGCAUGGUAAUGAAGCUGUUGGGCGUGAAGUGCUUAUAAAUCUUGCUCAGUAUUUGUUGUUCAAGUAUGAAGAAGGAGACACGCGUAUUAAAAAUAUCGUGGAUUCUACAAAUAUAUUUAUAAUGCCGUCAAUGAAUCCUGAUGGCUUUGAAAACUCAAGGAUGGGAGAUUGUAUGGGAGUGAAAGGCAGACACAAUGCGAAUAACGUAGAUUUAAACAGGAAUUUUCCAGAUCAGUUUGGAGGAAAUAAAGGUUCGCUGCAGCCAGAAACAGCAGCUGUGAUAAAGUGGAUUGAAGGAAAUCCAUUUGUAUUGUCUGCAAAUCUCCAUGGGGGCAGUCUUGUUGCUUCAUAUCCGUUUGACGAUUCAGCAAGUCACAAAUUGGAAGGACAAUAUAGUGGUGCACCAGAUGAUGCAGUGUUCAGGCUUCUUGCUCAUACUUAUGCCAAUAACCACAAAACGAUGGCAGCAAAUGCUGGGCGUGACUGCCAUGACAACUUCCCUGAGGGAAUCACCAAUGGAGCUAACUGGUAUGAUGUGCCUGGUGGCAUGGAAGACUACAAUUACCUUCACAGCAGCUGCAUGGAGAUUACCUUAGAGCUAUCCUGUUGCAAGUACCCUCCAGCAGAACAGCUGCCAAAUGAGUGGGAAAACAAUAGGGAGGCUUUGCUAAACUAUCUUGAAAUGGUUCACAUUGGUAUCAAAGGGUUUGUCAAGGAUUCUGAAACUGGUCAAGGAAUUCCAUCUGCCACCAUUUUGAUAGAGGGAAUAAACCACAAUGUGACUUCUGCUGGAUUUGGAGAUUUCUGGCGUCUGCUUGUGCCUGGCACCUACACAGUCAGAGUUGUGGCUGAUGGAUAUGAAGAGGGUGUGAAGGAAAACAUCUUAGUACCAAAGGGAGAUGGAGUUCAAGUUAAUUUUACUCUUACCAAGAGGAGUACGAGGGUCCUUUUGAAUUGCAAAGUUUACAAGACAUAUAUAUAUUUCUGUUAUAGUCAUCAUGCUGCCACACACUUUCUGGAACCUUCAGAGUUUAAGCAUCACAACUAUGACAAGAUGACCCUGUUUCUUCAGAGCCUCGCGGAGAGGUUCCCCACAAUCACCAAACUGUACUCCAUCGGCAAGUCAGUGCAGCAGAGAGAACUCUGGGUCCUGGAAAUUUCUGAUAAUCCAGGCAUUCAUGAGCCAGGUGAACCUGAAAUGAAGUAUAUUGGCAAUAUGCAUGGAAAUGAGGUGGUGGGCCGGGAGAUGCUGCUGCUGCUGUCCCAGCUGCUGUGUGAGAAUUAUGGCAAGGAUGAGCUUCUGACUUUGAUGGUUGAUGAGACACGCAUCCAUAUAAUGCCUAGCAUGAACCCAGAUGGAUAUGAGAUUUCAUAUAUCAAUGAUGUUUCAGGAGUCAUUGGCAGAGUUAAUGCACACAACGUUGACCUGAACCGCAACUUCCCUGGAAUUUUCCACAACGGCAGCCAGGUUCCAGAGCCAGAAACUAAGUCAGUUAUCAGCUGGUGCCUGACCCACCCAUUUGUGUUGUCAGCCAACCUGCACGGAGGAUCAUUGGUGGCUAAUUAUCCGUAUGAUGAUGUGUCUUCAGACCUCCACGGCCAUGGUGUUUAUUCUAAGUCGGCGGAUGAUGCAGUGUUUAUUCAGUUAGCUGAAUCUUACUCUCUGGUUAGUGGCUAUGUGUUGGUGAAUUCUUUGGAUUCAGAAUAUUUCAGAGAUGGUAUUGUCAAUGGUGCUCAGUGGUACAUAGUAGCAGGGGGAAUGCAGGACUGGAACUAUGGCUUCACUAACUGUUUUGAGAUAACCCUUGAACUGGGAUGUACAAAGUUUCCCCCAGAGAAGGAUCUUCAAGUACACAAGGGCAUCAAGGGCUUUGUGGUUGACAGAAAGUCAGGUUCAGGAAUCAGCAAUGUCAGCAUCAGUGUUCAGGGGAUUGAUAAAGUGAUACAUUCUGCAGCUGAUGGAGAUUACUGGCGGUUACUGGUGCCAGGAACUCACACCGUUACAGCUCAUGCUGCAGGGUAUAAGCCUCAGUCAGUAAUAGUAAAGGUGACCCCAGGAGCUGCGGUAAUAGUAAAUUUCACUUUGGAAGUUAGCGAGCAAGCUCACUGGUCAGAAGACAGGGACUUUGGCAUCAAGGAGAAUAUGCAGGGAAGCAUGUAUAUGUCCCACCACGCCAUUGUAGAAAGCUUCGGUUACUUUGCUCGAACCUACACCAGCUUCGUGAAGUAUGAAGAGCUGUUGAGCCCAGUGAACGGAGGAUAUUCUGUACCAAGAAACAAACCUCAUGUGCUCUUGAUUGGGAAUAUGAAUGGAGAUUCCCCUGUUGGUACUGAAGUGCUGAUGCGCUUCGCCCGUCAUUUAAUUACAGGUUAUGCUCAUGGAGAUCCAGUUGUGACAUCACUUAUCAACGCCAGUCAUGUUCAUAUUGUACCCCAGUUAAAUGUACAAGGGGCAUCAUUAGCUGUACCAGGUGACUGUACAGGGGAAAAGUACAGUGGAUCCAGGUUCAACAAGCUAGUUCAGGAUAAGGAUCCUAUUGUUCAGUCGCUGACCAGUUUGAUUGACCACAGCACCUUUCAUCUGAUUCUCAAUGUGGACGGUGGAGGAAAGUUUAUUGUCCUCCCACGAAAUGUGGCAGUGAAGAGUGACAGUAGUGCUGUCACUGAACUUACAGAGGAUGAGGACAUCUUUCAGGACAUUGCAUCCUCCUUUGCACGAGCCAUGACUGACAUUUACCAUCAGGAAGCCUGUGACAAGGCACAUUACUCUGGAAUUAUUCACGGGACACAGAUGGGUAGUGAAGCUACUGCCCUUGCAGAUUCAGUUUAUACUCAGUACAGAAGUUUGAUGUUAAGCACUCACAUUGCAUGCUGCAAGUACCCCCCUGCCUCCGAGUUGCCUGACAUUUGGGUGUCAUCUCUGCAGCCCCUGCUUAAUGUUUUGUUCAAAUCUCUGCAAGGCAUUGAGGGUGUAGUCAAGAAUGAGAAAGGACACAUAAUACGCAAGUACUCAGUGCAGCUGGACAGCAAACCAAAGCAGGACAUGACAUCACCUUUCUUUCUGUUGGCUACUGCCGGACACCACACAGUAACCAUCGAAGCUCCAGGUUAUAGUGCAAUGACAAGGCCAGUUCUGCUAACAGAAAACACGCCCACUGCUCAAACUUUUGUCCUGAAGCAGGAGAAUGCAGGAAAUCUGGUGCUCAACUAUCAUGACCACUCACAAAUGACCAGCCUGUUGAAAAAUAUCUCUGCUUCAUGUUCAGGCAUUAUGUCCUUGACCAGUUUGGGAAAGACGAAGCUGGCCUCCGAUAUUUGGAUGGUACAUUUUGGCAAGGAGUCAACAAAUCACAUUCUUCCCAGAAUUCUGUUUGUGGGGAAUAUCCAUGGGGAGGAGAUGACCUCACGGGAGAUGCUGCUUCAGCUGGCU